AUGGCCACGUUGCAGGUGCCCAUUCGGGGCAAGUCAGGAGCUGCACCCUCGACGAAAGCAGUCAUAUUGGUUGGCGGUCCUUCACGAGGAACACGAUUCCGACCCCUCUCCCUCGACCUCCCCAAGCCUCUCUUCGAGGUCGCGGGACACCCCAUCAUUGAGCACUGCUUCGCCGCCAUCACACGAGUCCCAGAGAUCCGCGAGGUCUUCAUUGUCGGCUACUACGACGAGGGCGUCUUCCGCGACUUCAUCAAGGACUGCGGCCGCACACACCCCCACAUCAGCAUCAAGUACCUGCGCGAAUACCAGGCACUAGGUACUGCCGGCGGUCUCUACCACUUCCGCGAUGCCAUCCUCAAGGGCAGACCCGAUCGCUUCUUCGUCCUCAACGCUGAUGUCUGCUGCUCCUUCCCGCUGGAGCAGAUGCUGAGAUUGUUUGAAGAGAAGGACGCAGAGGCCGUGAUUUUGGGCACACGAGUACCAAACGACGCAGCGACCAACUUCGGUUGCAUAGUCAGCGAUGCGCACAGCAAGCGUGUGCUGCAUUACGUGGAGAAGCCAGAAUCGCAUAUUUCGAACCUGAUCAACUGCGGUGUAUACCUCUUCGCGACAGAGGCCAUCUUCCCAAGCAUCAAGAGCGCGAUCAAGAGACGGACAGACAGGCCACGAUUGGUCUCAUACCCAUCCUCGGACGCUCUCGACUCGCAGUACCUCCCCGCAGCGAACGACGACGACGAUGGUGGUGGAAAGAACGAGGUCAUUCGACUCGAGCAGGACAUCCUGUCAGACCUCGCAGAUAGCAGACAAUUCUACGUCUUGGAGACCAAGGACUUCUGGCGCCAAAUCAAGACCGCCGGCUCCGCAGUGCCAGCAAAUGCUCUCUACCUCAUGAAGGCGUUCCAGACUCAAUCCGAAGAACUCGCGAAGCCAUCCGCCAACAUCCUCCCACCAGUCUUCAUUCACCCAACCGCACAAGUCGACCCCACCGCGAAGAUUGGACCAAACGUCUCUAUCGGACCUCGUGCAGUGAUCGGCGCAGGCGCCAGAAUCAAGGAGUCGAUUGUCCUCGAGGACGCAGACAUUCGUCACGACGCCUGCGUGCUGUACUCCAUCAUCGGCUGGGGCAGCCGCGUUGGCGCAUGGGCACGCGUGGAAGGCACACCAACACCUGUCCGCGAGCACAGCACCAGCGUCGUCAAGAACGGCGUCAAGGUCCAGAGCAUCACCAUCCUCGGCAAGGAGUGCGCUGUGGGCGACGAAGUCCGCGUCCAGAACUGCGUCUGCUUGCCUUUCAAGGAGUUGAAGCGUGAUGUGGCCAACGAGGUCAUUAUGUAG